AUGCGCGAGAUCCGCGCGGCCAACAAGCUGCCGUGGAAGGACUUCAGCGCCCGCCACAUCGGCCCGCGCGACGACGAGAUCGAGCAGAUGCUCAAGGCCCUGGGCCCCGGCGCCGAGACGCUCGACGCCUUCGUGUCGCAGGUGAUCCCGGCCGACGUGCUGGACCCCCCGAAGAAGACGAUCCAGUCGCACGUCUUCAGCGAGUCGGGCAUCGUCAAGGCCUUCAAGAACAUGAACGCCCACAACGACGUCCGCGUCUGGAUGAACGGCGGCGGCUACUACCCCGUCGAGAUCCCCGCCGUCAUCAAGCGCAACGUGCUCGAGAACCCGGCCUGGUACACCAGCUACACGCCCUACCAGCCCGAGAUCAGCCAGGGCCGCCUCGAGUCGCUGCUCAACUUCCAGACCAUGGUGUCCGACCUGACGGGCCUGCCCGUGGCCAAUGCCAGCUUGCUCGACGAGGGAACCGCCGCCAGCGAGGCCAUGACCAUGUCCCUGACCAGCCUGCCCGCCUCGAGGCAGAAGCGGCCCGGCAAGACGUACGUGGUGUCUCACCUGGUGCACGACGCCACCAUCCGGGUCAUGCACGGCAGAGCUGAGGGAUUCGGCAUCCACAUCCAGGUGCUGGACCUGGCGGCGCCCGAUGCGCAGGACAAGAUCAAGGCCCUCGGCGACGACCUGAUUGGCGUCAUGGUCCAGUAUCCCGACUCCAACGGAGGCGUCUCCGACUUCCGCGGGCUCGCUGAGCUUGCCCACGCGCAGGGCACGCUGCUGAGCGCCGCCACCGAUCUCUCCAACCUGACUCUCCUGACGCCUCCCGGCGAGUGGGGUGCGGACAUUGCCUUUGGAAACGCCCAGCGCUUCGGCGUUCCUCUGGGCUACGGAGGACCCCAUGCCGCCUUCAUGGCUGUUCAGGAGGGCAGCAAGCGACGUCUGCCGGGCCGCCUCAUUGGUGUGUCCAAGGACCGCCGAGGAGACAAGGCCCUCCGUCUGGCUCUGCAGACCCGAGAGCAGCACAUUCGACGGGAAAAGGCCACGAGCAACGUCUGCACUGCGCAGGCUCUCCUGGCCAACAUGUCGGCCAUGUAUGCCAUCUACCACGGCCCCGAGCAGCUGCGGGAGAUGGCCGUCAACAACCUCCGCCACGCCCGCAUGAUCCAGGCUGCCGCCCGGCACUACGGCCUCAACGUCUCGACCCGCUCCGUCGACGCCGACGGCAAGGUCCUCUCCGACACCGUCUCCCUCCACUUUGACGACCCCGUCGUCUGCCGCGCCCUGCGUCGCGAGCUGAUGGAUCAGGGCAUCAGCAGCGGCAAGGCCUGGCAGCCCAACGAGAUUACGGUUGCCUACAAGAACCACAGCGACGGCGACCUCGAUGUCUCCGCCAAGUACUGGAAGGAGGGCUUCGCGCAGUCCUCGGAAGAGCUCAUCAAGAGCCUCCCGGCGUCUGUUCGACGAGAGUCCAAGUUCCUGACGCACCCGGUCUUCAACUCCCACCACAGCGAGACGGAGAUGCUGCGCUACAUGUACCACCUCCAGUCCAAGGACCUGUCCCUGGUCCACUCCAUGAUCCCUCUCGGCUCUUGCACCAUGAAGCUCAACGGCACCACCCAGAUGGAGCUCAUUGGCCUGGAGAACGUGUCCAACAUCCACCCUCACGCGCCUUACAGCUGCACCAAGGGCUACCAGCGACUGUUCGAUGCCACCUCUGCCCAGCUGGCUGCCCUGACUGGCAUGGACGCCACGUCCCUGCAGCCCAACUCGGGUGCUCAGGGUGAGUUUGCCGGUCUCCGCGCCAUCCGCAAGUACCACGAGCAGCAGCCCGGCAGCAAGCGUGACAUCUGCCUGAUCCCCGUGUCCGCCCACGGCACCAACCCUGCGUCCGCCGCCAUGGUCGGCAUGCGCGUCGUGCCCGUCAAGUGCGACACCAAGACGGGCAACCUCGACCUGGAGGAUCUCGAAGCCAAGUGCAAGAAGCACGCUGCCGAGCUGGGCGCCAUCAUGAUCACGUACCCCAGCACGUACGGUGUCUUUGAGCCCCAGGUCCGCAAGGUGUGCGACAUUGUCCACCAGUACGGCGGCCUCGUCUACAUGGACGGCGCCAACAUGAACGCCCAGAUCGGGCUCACGUCACCCGGCGCCCUGGGGGCCGACGUCUGCCACCUGAACUUGCACAAGACGUUCUGCAUCCCCCACGGCGGUGGUGGCCCCGGCAUCGGCCCCAUCUGCGUCAAGAAGCAUCUCGUCCCCUACCUGCCUCACAAGAGCACGCAGACGCCCGUCUCCAGCGCCCACUUUGGCAGCGCCAGCAUUGUCCCCAUCAGCUGGUCGUACAUCUCCACCAUGGGCGAUGCCGGUCUGCGCAAGGCCACCACCGUCGCCCUCCUCAACGCCAACUACCUCCUGACGCGCCUCAAGGACCACUACCCCAUCCUCUACACCAACGACAAGGGCCGCUGCGCGCACGAGUUCAUCGUCGACGCCCGCCCCUUCCAGAAGACGGCGGGCAUCGAGGCCAUCGACAUCGCCAAGCGCCUGCAGGACUACGGCUUCCACGCGCCCACCAUGAGCUGGCCCGUGCCCAACACGCUCAUGAUUGAGCCGACGGAGAGCGAGAGCAAGGAGGAGCUGGACCGCUUCGUGGACGCCAUGAUUAGCAUCCGCAACGAGAUCCGCGAGAUCGAGGAGGGCAAGCAGCCGCGCCAGGGCAACGUGCUCAAGAACGCGCCGCAUCCCCAGCGGGACCUGAUCCUGGGCGACGCCGAGGGCAAGUGGGACAGGCCCUACUCGCGCGAGAAGGCGGCAUACCCGCUGCCGUAUCUCUUGGAGAAGAAGUUUUGGCCGACGGUUGGUCGUGUGGACGAUACCUAUGGCGACACCAACCUGUUCUGCACAUGCCCCCCCGUGGAGGACACCACCGGGUCAGCUUAA